AUGGAUCUUCUUAAAAUCGGUCACUUCUACAUCAACCAUAUCCUCAGCGUGUCGCAAUCGCAACAGGGCAAUCUCCCCGGGAACAACAUCAACGUGCUUUUACUAGACGACCACACCGCAUCGAUCAUCCUGAUCAUCUCCUCACAAUCGGAACUUCUCAACAAUAACAUUUUCCUCAUUGACAAACUCUCGAAUAUUGCCAAUCGUGACAAAUUGCGCCACCUCAAUUGUAUUGUGUUUGUUGGCCCCAGCGCCCAGUCGAUCAAUUACCUUUGCGACGAGUUGAAAUUCCCGAAAUAUAAACGGUAUAAUGUGUUUUUUUCGAAUUUCCUUAAAAAAUCCCAGUUAGAGAAAAUCGCCGAGAGCGAUGAUUUGGAAUUGAUCCUGCAUAUCCAAGAGAUCUUCUGGGACUAUCUAAUUGUCAACUCGAGUUUGUUUCAACUGAGGCCAUUGGUGUCAAUGAAUGGUGGUGAUGAUGAUAGUAAUGCGUUGCUGUUGUUGUCGUCGUCGUCGUCGGCAUUGUCGUCCAAUCAGUUAUUAUCAAUACUAUUAUCAUUGAAAAUGAAACCGAUCAUCCGGUUCGAAAGCAAUUCGAAACUCGCGCUCCGCACCGCCAAUGAAGUGUUUUACGAAUUGACCAACCACAAUUCCAACGCGUUCAGCAUCUUCAACGGGUUCCCAAAAUCCGAUACCAAGCCAUUAUUGCUAAUCUUGGACCGGAAAAACGACCCAUUGACCCCGUUGUUGACUCCUUGGACUUAUCAAUCGAUGAUCCAUGAAUAUUUGGGGAUCGAUAAAAACAUUGUCGAUUUGACCCAGUACAUGAAAACCGAGUCGCCAUCGACCACAACGACGACCACGACGACAAAACACGACGACGACAUUGAACUCACAAAGAUCAUCCUCAAUGUGGAAAACGACAAAUUCUUUGCCGAGUCAAUGUAUUUGAACUUUGCCGAUUUAUCUGAUAAGAUCUCGGCCCUCGUCAACGUUUAUAAACUGAAAACCAACAGCUCGAACAGUUUGAACUCGUUGGACGAUCUCAAGAAUUUCUUGCAAGACUACCCCGAGUUCAAGAAAUUGUCACAUAAUGUCAACAAACAUAUCACCAUCACCACGGAAUUGAAUAAUAAAAUCGGGAAAAACAAUCUUUGGGAAGUCAGUGAAGUCGAACAGUACCUUAGCGUCGGAGGAGAACACGAUUUCUCCCAGCAUGCCGAGGAUUUCAACAAUGUCCGGAGCAUUCUCGUCAAUGGGAAAUUCAAAAAAACCAAUACUGGGAUGUUCAACAUCCAAGAGAAUUUCAAAGUCAAGCUCGUGAUGGUGUACGCGUUACGUUACGAAACUUACAAACAAAACCAAUUAUCAUUGCUUGUGGAUAUUUUGAAACAACAACAAGUGAAUGCCACCAAGAUCCAACUCAUUGACUUUGUGUUGAAAUAUGCCGGGUACAACAAACGUUUGUACAACAACAACAACAAUAAUAAUAAUAAUAAUAAUGAGGAAACCUUUUCUGCUUCUUUAUCUUCCUCCACCUCCCAGGCUCCAGGUUUCAAUUUUAAUAAUUCUACUAAUGUUAAUACCCCAACGAAUUCUAAUUUAUCGAUCUUCACCCCAUCUAAAAACACCAAUAACUUGAUUUCGUCGCUUAAAAAAUUGGGAGACUUUUCCAAUCCCAACAAGCACGGCGGUAAUAACGAUGCGAUCGAUGAUAGUUUUGAUUAUGAGGAUGCCAACAAUACCAGUAUUUACAUGCAACACCGGCCUCGAUUACUUCAUAUCCUUCAUAAUGUCCUCACCAAACGUCUCCAAGGGCUGCUGUACCCGGUACUCAACCCAUAUUCCAAGAAUAAUAAUGGCAAUAAUAAUAACGGGGCAGCAGCCGUCGAUUCAGGAAUUAAUCAUAUCAAUUAUUCCACCUCGAGCAUCGCCAAUGAGAAGUUCCAAGAUAUUGUGGUGCACGUCAUUGGUGGGAUCACUUAUGAAGAAUCACGGGUCAUUGGGCUUCUCAAUGAGAAAUACAAGGCCAAAGGGAUCAGGUUGGUGAUUGGUUCGAAUACCAUUGUGAGCAGCGACACAUUCAUGCAACAGUUGACGGGGGAAAUGUUGAAAGAUUCUCAAAAGAACGAUGGGCGAGGAUUAUUGGGGAAGAAUGAGAAAGAGGACCGGCUUUUGAAUAUUUUGAACGGGGGGAGUUUGGAACAAACCGGUGGUGGUGGUGGUGGUGGUAAGGAUAGUUUUUUCGGGGAUAAUUUGUUGUGA